GCGGUGGCGGCGGCGGCGGCCGUGAGUGUCGGGCGGGCGUCGGCGCCCGGGACGCGGGAUGGAGCGCCGCGGAUUUCCCGUUUUUUGACUGUUACACGAAAGGAUGAUCGCUUACAAACAGAAAAAGACAAAGAAAAAACGCGUUUUGUCGUCAGGCCAGCUGACUACCGAUGUUACAGCUUCUGAAAUGGGGCUCAAGUCCAUAAAUUCCAGCUCCACUUUGGAUCCUGACUACAUCAAGGAGUUGGUGAAUGACAUCAGGAAGUUCUCCCAUAUGUUACUGUAUUUGAAAGAAGCUAUUCUUUCAGACUGUUUUAAAGAAGUCAUUCAUAUACGUCUGGAAGAACUUCUUCGUAUUUUAAAGUCUGUAAUGAAUAAACAUCAGAACCUUAAUUCUGUUGAUCUUCAGAAUGCUGCAGAAAUGCUUACUGCAAAAGUGAAAGCUGUGAACUUCACCGAAGUAAAUGAAGAGAACAAAAAUGAUCUCUUCAGAGAAGUGUUUUCUUCUAUUGAAACCUUGGCCUUUACCUUUGGAAAUAUCCUGACAAGCUUCCUCAUGGGAGAUGUAAGCAGUGAUUCAUUACUGCGACUGCCUGUUUCUCGGGAAAGUAAGUCUUUUGAAAAUGUUUCUGUGGAAUCAGUGGACUCAGCCAAUGAAAAAGGAAGUUUUUCUCCUAUGGAAUUAGACAGCAUGCUGUUAAAGAAUGCUGAUUCUGUAGAAUUGGCUCUGUCGUAUGCCAAGACAUGGUCCAAAUAUACCAAGAACAUAGUUUCAUGGGUUGAAAAGAAGCUAAACUUGGAGUUGGAGUCCACUAGAAAUAUUGUCAAGUUGGCAGAGGCAACUAGAACUAACAUCGGACUACAGGAGUUUAUGCCACUACAGUCUUUAUUUACCAAUGCUCUUCUGAAUGAUAUAGAGAGUAGUCAACUUUUACAACAAACAAUUGCAGCUCUCCAAGCCAACAAAUUUGUGCAGCCUCUCCUUGGGAGGAAAAAUGAAAUGGAAAAACAGAGGAAAGAAAUAAAAGAACUUUGGAAACAGGAACAAAAUAAAAUGCUUGAAACAGAGACUGCUCUUAAAAAGGCAAAAUUGUUAUGCAUGCAACGUCAAGAUGAGUAUGAGAAAGCAAAAUCUUCCAUGUUUCGUGCAGAAGAGGAGCAUCUUAGCUCAAGUGGUGGAUUAGUAAAAAAUCUCAACAAGCAGCUAGAAAAAAAGCGAAGGCUGGAAGAGGAGGCUCUUCAGAAAGUAGAAGAAGCAAAUGAACUCUACAAAGUUUGUGUGACAAAUGUUGAAGAAAGACGGAACGAUCUAGAAAAUACCAAAAGGGAAAUUUUAACACAGCUCCGGAAACUUGUUUUCCAGUGUGAUCUUACCCUUAAAGCUGUAACAGUUAACCUCUUCCAGAUGCAGCACCUGCAGGUGGCCUCCCUGGCGGACAGCUUGCAGUCUCUCUGUGAUGGUGCCAAACUCUAUGACCCGGGCCAAGAGUACAGUGAGUUUGUCAGGGCCACGAAUCCAACUGAAGAAGAAAAAGUUGAUCGGAAUGUAAAUAAGCAGUUAACAAAUAGUUCUCACACUUCUGGAUAUGGACCUUCUGACUCUUCAGAGGACGCCGUGCGCCUUCCUGACAGUGCCGGCAAGAUGGACGAGGACAGGUGCUCCAACAGUGCCGAUGUGACAGGUCCGUCUUUUAUAAGGUCAUGGACAUUUGGGAUGUUUAGUGACUCUGAAAGCACUGGAGGAAGCAGUGAAUCCAGAUCUCUGGAUUCUGAAUCUAUAAGUCCAGGAGACUUUCAUCGAAAGCUUCCACGAACUCCGUCCAGUGGAACCAUGUCUUCUGCGGAUGAUCUAGACGAAAGAGAGCCGCCUUCCCCUUCAGAAGCUGGACCCAAUAAGAAGACGCUGAUGUCAAAGGCAGCGCUCACGCACAAGCUGCGCAAACUGAGAUCCCCCACAAAGUGCAGGGAUUGCGAAGGCAUUGUCGUGUUCCAGGGUGUCGAGUGUGAAGAGUGUCUCCUUGUUUGUCACCGCAAGUGUUUGGAAAAUUUAGUCAUCAUUUGUGGUCAUCAGAAACUUCCGGGGAAAAUACACUUAUUUGGAGCAGAAUUCACCCAAGUUGCAAAAAAGGAACCAGAUGGCAUUCCUUUUGUACUUAAAAUAUGUGCUUCAGAGAUUGAAAAUAGAGCCUUGUGUCUACAGGGAAUUUAUCGUGUGUGUGGAAACAAAGUGAAGACUGAGAAGCUGUGUCAAGCUCUGGAGAACGGAAUGCACCUGGUGGACAUUUCAGAAUUCAGUUCACAUGACAUCUGUGAUGUCUUAAAAUUAUACCUUCGACAGCUUCCAGAACCAUUUAUUUUAUUUCGACUGUACAAGGAAUUUGUAGACCUUGCAAUAGAGAUCCAGCAUGUAAAUGAAGAACAAGAGACCAAAAAAGAUAACCCCGAGGACAAAAAAUGGCCGAGUACAUGUAUAGAAAUAAAUCGAAUUCUUCUAAAAAGCAAGGACCUUCUAAGACAACUACCCGCAGCAAAUUUUAACAGCCUUCAUUACCUCAUAGUUCAUCUUAAGCGAGUCGUGGAUCACGCAGAAGAAAACAAGAUGAACUCCAGAAACCUGGGGGUGAUAUUCGGCCCGAGUCUCAUUAGGCCAAGGCCCACGGCUGCUCCUGUCACCAUCUCCUCCCUCGCCGACUAUUCCAAUCAAGCGCGGCUGGUGGAGUUUCUCAUUACCUACUCACAGAAGAUCUUCGACGGGUCCCUGCAGCCACAGGAUGUGGCUGUGUGGAGUACAGGUGUUGCACCCCAGGUUGACCAAGGCGGUCUUCCAAAGCCUCUGUUAUCACCAGAAGAAAGAGAUCCAGAACAUUCUAUGAAGUCACUGUUUUUCUCUUCAAAGGAAGAUAUCUGUACUGCAGAGAGUGAAAACAAAAUUUUUGAAACUGCUGCAUCAUUUGAGGAAUCAGAACGAAAGCAGAGUGCAUUAGAAAAAUGUGACGCAUGUCUUAUUGACAACAAAGGGCUUUUGCUCAUAGACCAAGAGCUUCAGCCAGCAUCACGAAAGAUGGAAGAUGUGUGUAAAACCUCUAAGCUGUCUGCCCUGAAAUCCGAGAGGGAGAUGAACGGUGUUGAGAGGCAUACCGCAAGGGCCAAGCUUAGACCUGUGAGUUUGCCCGUAGGUAGGCCACUCCUUCUUGCGAGCCCUCCUGACGAGAGAAAUGGCAGAGAUAUGGGAAAUGUAAAUUCAGACAAGUUUGGCAAGAAGCCUUCCUUUGACGGCAGUAAUAGAAAAGACACCCCAACUUUUGUUUGUCCUAAAUUUGAUGGCUUUGGUCAGCAGCCUCUACAGAAAACUCGGGAGAAGCAGGGUGAACAAAAUGAGCUGGCUGCAAAGACUCCAGUGGUGGUGCCCCACGUGUUCCAGGACAGAGGAGUGACAACGAGCAUCAGGAGUGGUGGGGACCACCCGGGCAGCACCACCCAGCCCAGCAAGCCAUACGCAGAACCCAGCAGGGCAGCCAGACAGGUGUCAGAGAGACGGUCCUCUGACUCGUGCCCUCCUGCCCCUGUCAGAGCGCCCAGGACACUGCAGCCCCAGCACUGGACAACGUUUUAUAAGCCACAUGCUCCUGCUGCUGGUGGCAGGGGGGAGGAGGAGAGACCUGUGACAUCCCCUGCAGCCGUGCCCCCUGCCACCCCGGAGCAGGCACCGAAAUCGCCUCCAGGCCCAGAAACCUUGUCACCUGGGCCCGGGCAGCCGGCUGGUAAGCCGAAGGAGAGGGCCGAGGAGCGUGACCUGCCCGGCCUGCAUCCCGUGUGUCAGAGGCCGAGGCUGAAACGCAUGCAGCAGUUUGAGGACCUUGAAGACGAAAUCCCGCAGUUUGUGUAGGGGUGUCAGAAUGCGAAUGCGGUUUUUCUUUUGUCGUUGUUUUGUGGUAUUUGUUUUUUGAGAGAAGUUUUGGACAGGGCCCUGUUGUGUAGGUUUGCCACAUCCUACACGUUGCUUUUUGUCAUUGUGUUGUGUUAUCCUGUGGUUAUAUUGAAUGGUAGACUGUUGUGAUAGGGCCCCAUCUGUGCCUCACUGGAAUUAUAUGUAUUUUUGAAGUUGUGAAUAAAUAGACUCAUGUUUUUUAAAGUUCA